AUGGCGCCUUCACACUCGUUUAUUCUUUUCUUGUCAUUCGUUUUGACCUGCGUUCAGGCUGCCCCUUGGAUCGUGACGGAGGUCUACGAGCAAGACGUUACUACUGAUUACUAUUCCGAGGUGGUCACCGAGGUCCAUGAAAUUACUCCAACUGCAACUUUGCCAGCUGAGGCCCUGUCCACCAUUACCUCCACCGAUACCAUCUAUGACUACACCGUUGUCGAAAAGCUGUAUCCCACCGGCUAUGGCACGGCGCUUGGCUUCGACGCCGGCUACGACACCGUGGAUAGUGACGGAAACUACCACAGCACCAUCUACCGGGUCAACCUGACUUUCUCAGCCCCGACAGCCUGCUCCACUCAAUGGACCAUCACGACCGCUGCCGCCGUCACCCCGCCCUAUGAGAUCGCCGCCUUGCUGCCCAGGGAUAAUGUAAUAACCUCGACCUCGGUCGACAGCGCCCAGCCAUUCCAGACCACCACCUACAUCUACGAAAUAGUAUUCGUGGAACCCACCCAGAUCCCCAGCCCAACCCUGAGCUCUCUGAGCUCCUACAACGCCCCUACCUCGCGAUACAUAGGUAGCAAAUGCCAGUACACCGACAGCAGCGACUACAGCGGCAACUCCGGAUACUACACCGGCCUGUCCAGCGGACCAGGAACCACCGGCUACAGCGGCGGAUCAUCUGGCUACUACGACUACGACGACGACUACAACUGGUUCACCAGCACAUGGGGAUCCGACGUCGGCAUCUCCUACCUCGCAAUCGUCCUGAUCUGUGCACUGGGCUGGAUCGGCAUUGUCUUCAUCUUGGGCAUGAUCGAGGCCUGGGUGCGCUUCCGUCGUCUCAUGACGGGCUGGCAGACCCGCCGGGGCUUCCCUCUUUUCUGGUCUUUCAUUCUGCUCCCGCUUUCCCUUUUCUGUCUGUUUUGUUUCCGGAAGGGCUACCGCGCCCGUAGCAAAGAGGACGCUGUGAUCCUUAAGAAGAGGUGGGAUGCCAUGGGUUUCUGGACGAAGAUGCGCUUGUUCUUCGCUUGGGGUUUCCGCUUCAAGUACCCGACUGUCUUGGGCCCGGCUCCUGCCACCGUUAAGGCGAGUAAGAGGCCUGAUGAGUCGGGUCCGCGUCUGUUGGACGUUACUCCCCCCGGUACUAGUGCGCCGUCGCGAGCUGCGUCGACGGAGGUUGCGCCCGCUGCUGGUCCGGAGAUGGCUCAGGCUCCAGCUCAGCCUCAUGUUGCUCCGCAGGCUUCUGGUGCUCUUCCGGGCCAUGAUGUGGAGGCUGGUCCAGCUCACUAG